GAUAGCAAAAGUAAACAUUACAAUACGAAAUGGCUUUUCUAAAAGCUUAUAGUUAUUGCUAUUCGCAAGUUGAAUAAUCUGAAUUCAACUGAUUUGUAAUCGUGAAGCCAUCCGACACUGAUCGACAAGCAAAUGAUUCAUCUUUGUAGCAAGCCAAAMAAUCUGCAAGAUGGUGAUAACUUUACUCUCGGAGCCGUGCUCCAAACGCUUUCUACUUUGUCCAAAGAAAAGAAGMUUGACAUUAAAAGCCAGAAUUGUACUCGAGAGAACGUUGUUCGUGUUCUGAAUCAUCAGAACUGUCUUUAUCCAAGGAAAUCAGCGGUCUCUAGUGCGAGCAUCGAAUCGCUUAGGAAAAGUCUACACCAGCAGGUGGAAGCAAUGAAAACGAAGCCGAAAAAAUCUUUUUGUCGCGYUCUGRAGCAUGGAUAUCAUCRAAAGGARAAAGAAAACUUGACUGAAAAUGAACCCAACUUCAACUCGAUGCUAUCAUUYAAUAAAGGGAAAAAGUUAUACACUCAUGAACAAGARCAAGAUCUUGAAUACGUCUUUUUAAAGAACGASGAAGAAGUGUUUGACACAGAAAAGGAUUUAACUGCGCAAACACCAAUUAGCCGUAACAUCGUUUAYAGUCGACAUCUUCAAAAUAGCACAGAUGUGGAGUCGCUUAGUAGUGGCAAUGAUGACAUUKUUGAUAUUUUUAGCGAAGAAAAUCGUAGGCAGCGACGAAAAAUGCGUCGCGCAUCCAACACCUCAUCUUUGAUCAGUAACACUUCAGSUUCAUCUCAUAAUAAGGAAAGGCAGAGUCAAAACUCAAGUGAAUCAAUUCAAAAUGAAGAAAAGGUCAGYGUAAAGAUUGAACAAGAAACAGAUUUUGUGUCGGGUUUAAGCGACCAGUCUUUGAAAGAWUCAAUGCAGAAAAUACUUCAAAGGCGCAAGAGUACWUUGUGCUUGUUCAAGUCCGCGAAGGGGGGAAUUAAAGUCCUCAAUGAAAAUGAAACAUUCUCAGACAUUGCUGAAGAAAGUAGCCUGCACUCAGAUAARUCUSUCUCUGAAUUUGAGSCCGAGAAGUCUGUWUACAGCGAAUCCGCAGAGUCWUUYAAAUCUGAGUUUGAAUACRAAAURCCUUCGAAUAUAGACGAGAACGUGGAUCAUMACUCACUUUUUGUUUCCACUAGCAACGCGCACGAUACAGGAAAAAGAAAAGGAAUUCUUAAAAAUMGGUGCAAUCAAUCUGCUCGGUUAUUUAACACGUGCGAUUCUGCAAAAACAACUUAUAAAACAUYGAAWAAUAAGAAUAAAGUAGAAACUGAAGAAACAAAGACGAUCCGACCCUUAUCGGUAAAUGUCUGGCGUCCGAGUUUGGUCCCAAAACAAACAAAAAAGCGCAGCAACACAGCGUACAGCUGUCCAGAAACCAGGAAAGAAAAAGCCAAAAUGUCGGGAAAAAGUAAGGACGAUGCUAUAAGAGAUUUUAUUAUCAUGUAUGCCAAAGUGAAAAACAAAAACGCGAAAAUUGAACCAGAGGACAGUCAUAGAGAAGUGCGAAUGGUWAGCGAAACGCCCGAAUUUGUCGUGAAAAGCGCGAUCGGACAAUUCCUCUCUGUCCCAUUUCCUCCAGAAAGAAAUACCAAUUGUGAAAACACGAACGAAGAAAAAUACGAAGCCAAGCAAAGGACAAGAUUACUGAGAAUCAAAAAUUGCAUGCAACUACUCGCUAAUAUCGCCUAGUGUUAAACAUUAUACAGUACUARGGAGGGGGUGGGUAUUUAUUGUAGUUGUAAUGGAAACCACCUUGUCUGGGUAAAACACAUGGUAGUUGCUUUCAACCAUUAAUUCAAUAUUUAAUUGUUAAAAUCAGUGUCAAGUAUAUUCGAGGUACCRAAGAAUGUAAGCCAAAAGUCCAUACAAAAUGAAGAUUUCAUUAAAGGAAAAUGCUAUAUAUAUUUAGAGAGAGAGAGAUUUUUGAACAGUCACAUGAGAUGUUUCCAGAAAAGCUUUCACAGCUGGUUUUCUUAAUACACAUUUACAGCUUUAUAUCUUUUACCACAUUAAAUGUGAUAAAAUUUCAUUAUGAAAAUCGCGUGUAAAUAUGGAACUUAAUUGUACAUAAAGCUUUAAAAAAAAAUCAGUUUUGCGGCUUUUUUCAAGUCAGGAAGCGCACAACAGUGUCGUCGCACUUCCAUGAAAAAAAGGCAAACAGCGCUUUAUCUAAAGCUAUGUUUGCUCCGAAAUGUUAAUUAAUUGCCUGKUUAGUGAGUCUAGUGUUCAUUUGCAUAGAUCGAUGCCUUUUCUUUACAAAUAACU